UAACGAAUUUUCAAAGAUAGUAGAGAAGUUUUACCGGUUUCCCUUCAUCAUAUUUUGGGAAUUUGCUGCUAUGUUUUCACAGCAGUGUUUAUUGUUUUUAACAAGUCUGCUGUUGUCAUUGUUGACAAUAACGUUUAGAUUUACAUUCGUUGCAACAGAGGAUCCAAAUAAGAGACUAAAUGUAAAUCCAGCGAAUCCUCCACAAUCUGAAGAUGAAGAAAGUACUUAUGAACAAAUGGAUAUAAUAGGUCUAGAAGGAGAAGAAAAGGCAAAGUACCACCAGAGAGAGAAACAUAAAUGUACUUAUUUCUAUAACAACAGGUAUCCUAAUGCUGAAGGUGGACUUAUUAACUGUACUUGGUAUACUGCUAACUCUUGCUGUAAGAGAACUGAAGUAACAUCUGUAUUUUCAGCUAUGGAUCCAUUAUAUGGGGCUACUGUCCUCUGCAGAAACUAUAUCAAUUACUUGAUGUGCUUUUUUUGUAGCCCAGAUCAGUACAAAUUUUAUCGUGCUAAUAAAAAAGUGUCUGUCUGCCUGGAUUACUGUGAGUCACUCUAUGAAGAAUGUAAAACUGCUGGUUUCAAUAAAAGUUUAAUAGGUGAAGCCUAUGGUAAUGGUACAGCAUUUUGUGCAGCUCAGAAUUUUGAGGUGGUUGAUAGUGCGGACUGCUUCAAGUUUGAUCCCAAAGUAUUUGGCAGUUCCAAUAGAUUGUUCCCUGUUUUUCCUGUGUUGCUUCUCUUUGUUUCAAUAUUACUAUACACAUUAUGUUAGUUGUUGAGCUCUACAGAGAUUUGUUACCGGUACUUAAUUAGUAUUACUGGCAGUGUCUGCACCUUUGUAUGAUGGUGUUGGGCUUUAACAAUGAUUAUUACAAAAUUGUCUUGAUUACACUGCAGCCUACACUUAACCUAUGAUAUCAAAAUUUUACAUGAGUAUCAUAAUGCAUUGUUUUCAUUGACAAGUUACCUUCCUCUAUGCUUGGUAUUUAGGUCAUUAAUAAUGGAUGUCAUAGUAAUGUCAUGAUAAUUUUACUUUUUUCCCCACUCAACAUGAGACAUUUGUUUGAAAUAUAAAGAUGUCAUUUAAUAGAAGACUUGAGUUGUAAAAAAAAAAUAAAGUAAAUAUUUAUAUUGAGCCUAAAAUGUAUUAAGCCUAGGCUUUUUU